AUGAGCUACCAUUUGUUUUAUUCUAAAUGAACAAGUACAGUUAGUAGAAAUCAGUUAGACUGUAAUUUUAAUGUGUUUGAGGGCAGUGAUAUGAUUUCUAGAGGCAAGUUCAUCUGUGCAGGGAGUCAUAUGGCUUCCUUUAUAUAGCACACUAGGACAAACAAGUGUUAGUCAAGUAAGGGCAGAGGAAGCUCUCCCAAACACACUCCUGCCCCUGCACAUGUGCUAGACAUGUGUUGUCAUUUGUCUCCGCAGCUGCUGGGACAACAGCUCAUAUCUAAACCCCCCUGCCAGUGAGUGUUUGGGACAUUUAGGGGACACAAGCAGCAUUUUGUCAGCCGACGUAUUUCAAACAAGUAGCCUAGUUGUGAUGGAUUCUCGGCUGUCGAAACAGAUCCAGUGCUCGGUGUGUUUGGGGGACUUCACAGAUCCAGUGAGCCUGCUGUGUGACCACACGUUCUGCCGACAGUGUAUCAGCAAUCAUUCCCAAAGCUGCCGUCUGAAACUGUGUCCGGAAUGCAGGCGACCCUAUACCAUGUGGGACCUCCGGUCCAACCGAGUGCUGCGGAAUAUGGUGUCUGCCGUGAGGGAACACUUGAGCGAGCAGCAGGCCCUCAGGGACGGGAACGUAGCGGCUUGUGGAGCAGGAGCGAGAGUGUUUGAGGAUCCAGAGAAGCUGGUGUGUUCGGAUCAUCAGGAGAGACUCAAGCUGUUUUGUGAGACGGAUCAGAAACUGGUGUGCCUGAUCUGUAGGGACGGUGAGAGACAUCAGGGACACGCGUUCAAACCUGUGGAGGAGGCAGCGGAGCCCAGAAAGAAUUUAUUGUUAGAGCCUCUGAGCUUCCUGUCGAAGGAGAAUGAAGAGCUGCAGGCUCUUAUGAAAAAACAGACGAAUGAGAUCUCUAAAACAGAGGAAAGGUCUCGGCAGCUCUCUGCUCAGAUCUCUGCUCAGUUUGAGGAGAUGCACCAGUUCCUGAAGAAAAAGGAGGAGGAAGUGAAGAAAACGCUGGAGAAAGAGGAGAAGGAUAUGAUCGAGAAGAUGAAAAGAAACAGAGCAGAAAUAGAAGAGAAGCUCAAUGAUGGAAGAGAGAAGGAAGGGAUUCUACGCUCAGUCUUUGAGACUGAUCAGCCUGACGGCUUUCUGCAGUGGUGGACUGAGAAAGGGCUGGACUUUGUCGAAGAGAUGAAAGACAACGAAAGCUGCUGUGAAAAUAAUGACAUUGUUUCUCAAACAACCAAGUUCAAGUCAGCAUUGAGAAGUGUGAAUUUGACACCUAAUUCUCUGUUCCUUGGCCUUCACGAGACGCACCUGCAGUUUAUUGUGUGGAAGGAGAUGCUGAGCUUUAUUAAACCAGUCCCUGAUCGUAAUGUCAUACAUGACUGUCAUGACCCAUACCUGAGGGUCUCCUCUGAUGGCCGCAGUGUCGUCCGCACAUCCAAAAAGGGGAUUUUAUUGCGUCACAAAGACUACAGGCCUCUAGCCAGGACCCACAAGACCUUUCAGUCAGGACAGCACUAUUGGGAAGUGGAUGUGGGAGCAAAGAUAGAUUGGAGUGUGGGCUUCGAUGGUGGGUCUAUAAGCAACUUAAACAAGGACAUUGGGCUUCACCGUAAGCAUGACCAAGGCUACUGCAUCAAAGAGUAUGAGACAGUGACAGAGAUAGAUCUGACGGUGAAGCCACGCAGGAUAGGGCUGUACCUGGACUGUGACCGGUGUCAGGUGUGCUUCUAUAACACUGAUGACAUGACUCUACUGCACACUUCCACAUACCCUUCAUCCAUCCCUUACUCCCUCAGCCUCUCUCCAGGAGCUUAUCUGGGAGGGAAGAAUGCUGAUCCGCUCACAGUGACCUGGAACUGAUCCGUCUGGGACACUUUAGUAAGAUGGCUAUAAGAAAUGGUCCAUUUAUGGUUUUUGAGGAGAUGUAAUCAUGCUUGAGAGAGUAGUUAUAGGCUGCUGUAUUUACUUGCUCAGUUUGUUAGUGGGUGGAUUACUUGAUUUUAUCUUAGAAUAUUUGUGACAGGCAUUAAACCCACUAAAUUUUGAGAACAUAAUUUUUUUUUGUCCUUUUAAAGCCAUUUCUGCUACAUUAGAAAAAAAAUAAUUAUUCUUUGGUGUAUAAUAUAUAUAUAACUAUAAAUAUAUAACUAUAAUAACUAUAACAUACCUUCAAAAUUUUGUAGAACAUACAUUCACAAAUUACUAAGUCAUAAUUAUAACCUAUAAGAUAUAAAGUCUAAAUUAUGAUUAUAAUUUUGUCAAAAUUAUGACAUGCUAAGCCAUUAUAAGAGGGCAGUUUUAUACAUUUUCAGUGAGAACACAGGGACUGGCUCUAGAAAUCAUGGUUUGGGAUCAAAAUAUAUUAAUAAUGGAAAUUAGAUCUGUCUCUAUGAACUCGCAUAAUAUGGGUUUGAUAUUGUAUCCCAAAGUGUGUAUUAGAAGUGAAUGCAGUUAAGUGCAAAUAUAUUGUCUGUACUGCAAUGUGGUCUUGAGGCUUGAUCUUGACUUUUUUAUAUUAUAAAUUGCUUGUUCUGAAGUUGCCGUCACAUUAAACACAUCACAACAGCCGUA